AUGGAAACUAAAGAAACUGAUAUAAUCAGGUUGGAAAAGAAAACUUUGGCUGAAAAAUACAAGAAUAUCAAAGAAGUCAAGACUGGUCAGAGGGACCAUGUCUCUUUGGGAUCAGGAAAGGGAAAACUCAACAUCAUUUCUGAAAAAGGUACUGAAGAUGAUCCAGUGUUAACUGAAACAGAAAGAAUGGCAAGAGAGAAAAGAGAUAAAGAACUUGAUGAGCUUAAUGCAUUAAGGGAAAAGUUGGAUGCAGAAGAGGCAGAAGCCAAGAAUUCCGAAAUGAUUAUUGAAAGUAACAAAGCUUUAUUUACGGCAUGGAAUCUUGAGUACUUCCCUAUCACUCCAAGAUCUUUUCUCUUCUGA